AUAUUACAGUGUUUAUAUAAGAGAGAAGGGAGUGAAUGUUGUGUCAGUAAAUUCGCCAUGUUAGCACAAUGAAUGGAAGUGGGAGGUAGGACAUACAAAUCCCUGUUAGGAUAAAUCACACAGAACGAGACUGCUAAAUGACAGCAAGAAUGAAAUAAGUUAAUAAGGAACGGGUAACACUUGACGAUAAGGUUGCAUUUCUUAAGGGAACUAACAGGAACAACUUUAUUGGCAUGAACUAUUCAUAAACAGACUAAAAAGUGCUGGAAAAACUGCCUUGUACAUUGUACAUGCUAUUUAAUGCAUUUGUUAAUAAAUACAACCUUAUUGUAAAGUGUUACCAAGAAAUAAAAGACAAAGAAUAAAAAGGAAAAACAAAGUAAAUGUUUUAUGACGGGGUUAUAAAACGCACACAGCCGCAGAGAGGGAGGGGCUAGAAACAGAUGAGAGGAGAAAGAGAGCGAGAGAGAGGCGAGGUCAAGUAGGUUGAAAGCGAUGUGAAAGUAAGGAGAGCGCUGAAAGACAACAUCAGGAGGGUGGGAUAUCGGUGUGUGCGCAUAUAUACAGUAAAGCAGAGCGACGACUCAACAGAAGGAAGAGAUUUAUAAAGUGAUUUGAAUGAAAAUGAAUCUCACAGUGAUUCUUGCGGCUGUGGUGGGAUUCAGCGCUCUGUCCUCGUGUAAAUCUGCUGACAAUGACACAGAACUGCUCAUCACAACACCUGAUCUCUCGCAGGCCCGAGAGUUCAAUGAGGAGACUUUGAUAGGUCGAGGAGAUACUCCAGACAUCAUAGAACCUGAACCCACCACUGCCGUCUCAGACACUGAGAGCACCUACAACUACAUCUUGUCUAGACUGGCAGCGAUGGAUCAGGCCAUCCACAGGCUUAAUGUUGGACACUACACGUUAGACGUUAAAAUGUCACAAUUGAUAGAGAGAAUGUCACGCCUUGACAACAGACUGGGCGACACGGAGGAUGCCAUACAACAGGUCUCAUCCUACUGCAAAGACAAUCGCAAAGAGAUCGGACGACUAGAGGGCUGCCAAAAAGGCCGUAAAAUCGGAUACAAAUGCGUUCUGGUUUACCGUAUGCAUGAAACCUACGCGGAGGCAUCUCAGAAGUGUCAGGAGCGAGGUGGACGCAUGGCUAUGCCUCGAGACCGCAGGGAGCAGGAAGCUUUAGCCGAAUACGUCAAAUCAGUCAUUCACGGUAACUGGCCUGUGUGGCUUGGGAUCAACGACCAGCGUUCUGAAGGACUUUAUCUGUUUGAGGACACGACCCGCGUGACUUACUUCCAGUGGAGGAAGCACUUCCUGUCCAGCCAGCCGGAUGGCGGGAAACGAGAGAACUGUGUCUCCAUGUCCUCAGAUGAUGGAGACUGGUGGGACACGUACUGUGACAGACGCAUGUUUUAUCUUUGUGAGUUUGAUGUCUGACCUACAAAAUAUUCCUAAAUGGAGCAGCUCCGUCCUCAACUGAGGACUUUUUCGAUAAUGAGCAGCUAUUCACAGUAUCAAUACAACUGUUGAAGUGAUCAGAGGAGUUAAAUGUGUAGUUCACAAAAAUAAAAAUUCUCUCAUAAUUUAUGCAAGAAUUCAUAUUUUGGUGAACUAUUUUUUUAAAGCGACUUGAGAAAAACGAUCCUUUAUUUGUAAUAACAGACAAGUUUAGAAGAAUUUAAACAUGCAGAAUUAUUUGAUCUGUCUGAAGGGUGUGUGUGGUUCUCAUUUCCCAUAGUCUUGACAUUACAAUAUUGCUGAUUUAGACUUAUUUAAGACCAUAACAGAAAGUUGUUUUUGUUCUUCUGAAAAAUGGAGAGAGUUUGGUUUGUUGUUUUAGAUGGUCUGUUUUCAAAGAUUAAAUAACUAUUGAAGCAGGUUUAAAGCAAAAAGACGUGUUGACAGAUAUCAGUCUAGGUGAAACCCUUUAUUCAACACAGUAAUAUCAGUUAUAUAUUUCAUAUUUGAUCUAAUUGUAAACAUUAACCCUUCAUUACCCUGAUCCUACAGAAGUUCAUACGUCUUGUAAAACAGUCAAAUAAAGUUAAGAAUCUGAUUUUAUAUGAUCGUGACUCUUGUUAAUGUGUGCAAAGUGCUUCUGUGUUGACUCAACAGAUUUGAAGCUUUGAUGACCAGAAGCUGUAAAUUCCCAUCAGAGAUGACUCUUCAUAUGAGUUCAAGUCAUAUCUUCAUCCAUACAACCUCUG